AUGGAUUUUAUAUACAGUAAUGUUUAUGAUUUGACAUGUGAAGAAAUUAAAACAAAAUUUUUGAUGCGUCCAAUGGAUCAUCACGAUAAUUCACAAAAUAGUACUAAUAAUAUUAUAAAACGAGACAAUAGCAAUCAUUCAAGUCCAAUACCAUCAUCACCACCACCAAAUAAUAUACGUGUCAAUAGUAUUUUACGAGUGAUAACAAUAUUUGAUGAUAUUCGUACUGGUAAAGUCGUGGCAUAUGAUCCUCCAUCUAAUUUGGUUACAUUACAUAUAAAAGGUACAAAACCAGGUUCAACAUCUGUAGCUGUUAUUAAUCUCAAUCAUUGUCGUGAAUAUAUUGUUGAACAAGAACCUAAAGAUGAUAUACUUGAACCACUUUAUCCUAUUGAUAUUAGUAAAUUAAAAAAACGUCAAAUGGAAAAUGAAGCUGAAAAGAAAAAAGAAGCAUCUUUUAUUAAUGUAAAAGCAAGUCGAAUUGGUCAAGCACUUUUUCGAGAUAUAAAAAAAACAAUGAAUCAAGUAAUUCGUUGGUCAAAUAAUGAUAUUCUUAUUAAUAAUGCAGUACGAAUUGUUGAACCAUAUCGUGUAGAAAAUGUUUCAAUUGAUUCUCAAAUACAAUCAAAUACUACAACUAGUAUUAAAGCAUCAGCAAAAGGUGAUAAUGAUACUAAAACACAUAUUAUUAAAUUGGUAGAAAAAUUUUGGUCUGAUCAAUCAAAAUUAACUUCCAAUAUUGAUUCAACACGAACAACUAAAUCUGACAGUUCAAGUAAAACAACAACAACAACUGAUUCAACAUCAACAGCGUCAUCAAAUGAUGAUCAUCAAUCAUAUACAAUCGAAAUAAAAAUGGUUGAAAUAAGAAAUUGUUCAAAUAUUGCUAUUAAUCAAAUAUCAACAUCUAAUGUUAAUUUAAUUAAACAUAAUAAUACAGAUAAAGAUCAUUCACAUAAUGAAUUAUUAUUAAAUGUUUCAAAUUAUUCAUUUAUUCCAAAACAAACAUUAAUAAUGAAUUCUGAUCGUCUCACAGAUAAAAUAUAUCGAUUAGAAAAUAAACGAACUUCUUUAAGUUCACAAAUACAAUUUUUAAUUCAACAAUUAAAACAUGAACAUGAUACCAUUAAUAAAUCUAAACACUUACGACAACAACAAAAUCAAACAAACCUAGUCAAUCGAAAUCCAAUAAUGAAUCCUUCGAUUGAUAAUCAUCGUCGGGAACAACAACAACAACAAGAAACAAUACUUAAUUCAUUUGAUUUUUUCAAUGAAAUAAAUCAUUUUAAAAUUCGUCUUGAUACAUUAGAAAAAGAACGUUAUGAACUUGAAGAAAAAGUUCGACUACUUCAAGUAGAAAAUACAACUUAUAAAAAUCGUUUUAUUCAUGAAAAUAAUGAAUGGAUAGAAUCUCGACCAACAUCAAUACACAGUGGACAUACAAAUCUAUCAUCAUUUGCUGAAAAUGAUAUCGAACGUUUGAAACGACGUAUUGAAACUCUUGUGAAAUCAAAUGAUGAAAAAGAAAGAAAAAUAGACGAUUUGCAAACUCAAUUAACUAAAUAUCAUACGGUUACAAUAACACAGAUACCAUCAAUUAACACAAACAAAGUUGAUAAUUCUAUAAAUAAUUCUAAUAUUCAUAAAUGUUCGUACGAAGCAGACGGUGAGAUAUCAGAUUCAAAUUCAUUACCAUCUCUUAAUAGUGAUAAGGAUUCCAAAUUAUCUCAGAAACCUUUAUUAUCAACAUAUAAUGAUCAUGAUUCAUUUACAAAUUCAUAUCAAAAUCCAUUAAGUAAAUUAAAACUUGACGUAUUAUAUCGUGCUGCAAGUGCUGAACCAAUGUUGAUUCGAGAAUUUACAAAUACUCCUAUUCAUGAUACAUCAAAUAAAAAACGAACGCGUCCAUCAAAUGAUCGAAUGAAUUAUAAAUAUGAUCGAAGUGGUUAUGUAUCCGAUGGACCAAGUCGAAAAUAUUCUGCAUAUAAAAGAUCUUCAUCAACUAAUUUAGAUAAAAAUAAAUCAUCAAGUAUUAAAGGUUUAAAAAAUAUAUUUGGAAGAAUUAUUCGAACAAAUUCAGGACAUUUUAAAGAAGAUGAUGAACAAAAAUCACAAUGUUCAUUUCAACGUCAAGAUUUAAGAACUACAAUUAAUUAUGAACAAAAUUCAUCAAAAUCACUUAGUCCAAUAGAAGCAAAAUUUGUCCGUUGGCAACCAGAACAAAUUGUUAAUUGGUUAUAUGGUAUUGGUCUUGGUCAAUAUGCAAGUGAAUGUCGAAAAUAUUUUAAAAAUGGUUUACAAUUAUUACAUACAACACCACAAGAAUUAGAAAAAAAAAUGGGUAUGCGUAAUCCAUUACAUCGAAAAAAACUUCAAUUAUAUUUAAAUGGUCUAUGUACAGGACAAACAGAAAUUAAUUAUCUUGAUACACAUUGGGUUCUAAAAUGGCUUGAUGAUAUUGGUUUACCACAAUAUAAAGAAUAUUUUGCUGAAUCAAAAGUUGAUGGUCAAGUACUUAACAAUUUAACUCUUGAAGAUCUUAUUAAUUUAAAUAUAACAAAUGAACUUCAUCAUUUAAGUAUAAAACGUUCAAUACAAAUAUUACGUUAUAAUAAUUUUAAUCCAAUCUAUAUAAGACGACGUCCAACUUCCGAUGAUAAAAAUGAUAUAGAUGAAAUAAUGUAUUGGUCUAAUCAUCGUAUUAUGGAAUGGUUAAGAUCAAUUGAUCUAUCGGAAUAUGCACCAAAUUUACGUGGAUCUGGUGUUUGUGGUGCUCUCAUUGUUCUUGAAAUACGUUUUAAUGUUUCAACUCUAGCAGAAAUUUUAUCAAUUCCAACAUCAAGAACUUUAUUAAGACGACAUUUAUCAAUGCGUUUUCAAGAAUUAAUUGGUAAUGAUUUACAAAAUCGUAAAAAUCAAUAUGAAAAAUCUCCUAAUUGUCAACCAUUAACAUUACAUACAAAAAUAAAAUUUUCACGUGGAUUAUUUUCUCAUCGACGAACACGUUCAAUUGAUGUUGAUGAUCUUGUUUGUCCAAUGAAUGACAAUACUAUAAUUAAUGGAAUAUCACCGUGUCUUAAACGAUAUCAACGAAAAGAAUCAUCAAUGGUUGAUGAUUUCGAAGAUGAACUUGUCCUUACACAUGAUAGUCCAACAACAGUUGUUUAA